GGGGCGGGGUUGCUCUGUGCCAACAACUCAGAGGUGUAUCUCUGCUUGGCAGACACUAGAAAACGACACAGGUAGCCACAGAUUGUGGCUAAAAACGGCAUCAUCACAGUGAAACGAGCGCCGGGAACGCAUUGAAAACUGAGGAGAAGAUGAUCAGAGGGAAACUUUAACGAUGUUCUGCUUUGAAUUUCUGCUUUUAAUGUCCAACACUCUGAUUUCUACAUUUUUUUAGACACUUUUACAAGUUGAAGAGCUUCUGCUCCUUUUGGAUCUGCUUCCUGAUGUCCGUUAACUUAGAGAAUGCAUCUAUGAUAACCCUGACUCAGGCGUGACCAUGUAUGAGGUGAUGUCCGGGGACACCCUGUCCUGGAAGGUCCCCAAUCCAAAGCAAAGCAGCACAGACUCCGCCCCUGAAGCUCACUUCUCCGGAGAGGGAGGUCCUUCCAAAAUCCUUAAAGUGUGCUUCUGCACCAACAACAACCUGGGCAAGAACUUCACCUUGGUCAAAUGCGACAAUGCCUGGCAAGUUAAGGUUAUCAUCCGCACAAUCCUGGUCAGCGGGCGUCUGGGCCCGGACGUGGCUCUGGCCGGAUGCUACGGCCUCAUGCUGAAGCACCUGAAGUCUGAAGAACUCCACUGGCUCCACCCGGACCUGACGGUGGGAGAGGUGGAGAAGCGCUACGAGAGCCAUCACGUGGAGGCCGAGUGGAGGUAUGACCUGCGCAUCAGAUACAUCCCAGUGAACUUCCUGGAAAAGUUCAGAGAAGACAGAUCUACCUUCCUGUUUUUCUACCAGCAGGUGCGCAGCGACUACAUGCAGCAUUAUGCCACAAAGGUGAGCGAAGGGAUGGCGCUGCAGCUGGGCUGCUUGGAGAUCAGGAGGUUCUAUAAAGACAUGAACGCUAAAGGGCUGGAAAAGAAAUCCAACUUUGAGCUGCUGGAGAAAGAGGUGGGUUUGGACCUUUUCUUUCCCCCGAAUCUUCUGACCACCAUGAAGCCUAGGCAGCUGCGGAAGUUGAUCCAGCAAACCUUCCAGCAGUACGCCGGCCUCCGGGAGGAUGACUGCAUGAUCAAGUUCUUCGAGACCCUCAAGGAUUUUGUGAACUACACUGAAGAGGCCUUCCCCUGCGACCUCAUCCAAGGGUGGCGUAUUUCUGUGGAGCUGGUCAUCGGUGGGAGGGGCAUCCGGCAGCGCACGCAGAAGGACGCAGCGGCUGUCUUUCUAGCGGACUUCAAACAGAUCCGGAAGAUACAGUGUUUACCUCAGGCCGACGGCAAGGCUCACCUCAACAUCAACAUAGAGAACGCCAACCAACCUCUGUCCGUCAGCGUAGCUGCCGUGUCCGUGGCAGAGAACAUGAUGGAUCUGAUCGACGGAUACUGCCGACUGGAACGUGGAACGGAGGACAGUCUGAUCCACAAACCAAACAAAGAUGCUAAAAGCGCCAGAAGCACCUUACCCGACAUCCCCACUGACAGAAGCAACAGUGCGGUCAGGAACAGUAUGGGCUCUGAUAUCUACUGUGAGAUUCUGGACGAGAGGCCAAAAUCAGCUGUGAAAUUUGGCGUUGAUCGAGACGACAUCGUCCUCGGGCGAAUCCUGGGGGAAGGUUUUUUUGGGGAAGUCUACAAAGGAGUCUACAAGAAAGAUAACGGCCAAAGGGUCAACGUGGCGGUCAAGACCUGCAAGGACUGUUCCCCAGAUGUGAUGGAGAAGUUCAUGAGUGAAGCAGUCAUAAUGAAGAACCUGGAGCAUCCUCACAUCGUCAAGCUCAUCGGAAUCAUAGAGGAGGAUCCGGUUUGGAUCAUCAUGGAGCUGUAUCCACACGGAGAGCUGGGAAACUACCUGUGCCAGAACCAAAACAAACUGACAAACACAACCCUGGUGCUGUUCAGUCUGCAGAUCUGCAAGGCCCUGGUUUACCUGGGAGGGGUCAACGUGGUGCACAGGGACAUUGCGGUUCGGAAUGUGUUGGUUGCGAGUCCAGACUGUGUGAAGCUCGGAGACUUUGGUCUGUCCAGAUACAUCGAGGACCAAGAAUACUACAAAGCUUCUGUUUGUCGGUUACCGAUCAAGUGGAUGGCCCCGGAGUCCAUCAACUUCAGGCGUUUCACUCAGGCCAGCGACGUGUGGAUGUUCGCCGUGUGCGUGUGGGAGAUCUUGAGCCGAGGCCAGCAGCCGUUCUUCUGGCUGGAGAAUCGAGACGUGAUCAACCAGCUGGAGCAGGGCAUCCGACUCCCCAAACCCGACAACUGCCCCCCGGCUCUCUACUCACUCAUGACCCGCUGCUGGUCCUACGACCCCCAAGAGAGACCCAGCUUCACGGAGCUGGUGGUCAAAAUCAGUGACGUCCAUAAGAUGGAGAAGGAGCAAGAGGCAGAGAAGGAGAGAGACCGAGCGCGAGCCACUAAAAUAUUUGAACCCAAGUUCUUCGUCACAGAGCCUCCUCCGAAGCCCUCCAGAAUGCAGCCGAGCCGCUUCAGAAACACGGUCAGCAUCGGUCUGCACAUUCAGGUGAACGAGGCUCUGUGCGCCAGCUCGCCCGACCUGGCCAGCCCAUCUGAGUAUCAGUCCCCCGUGGACUCCACGAACAGCCUCGCCGUCCCGGUCAUGUCUCCCCGCCGCCGCAGUGUGGGCGAGGGCGAGUUUUCCAGGCUGAGCCUGAACAGCCGGGAGGACGCACAGCGCAUGUGGAGCGCCGAGCGGGAGAGCAUGCAGGAGACCCUGCAGAGGCAGAAAGAGGAAAUGAGGGAGGAUAAGAAGUGGCUGGAAAAGGAGGAGAAACUCCUGGACCCCAAAGGACCAGAGGCCCCGCCCACUCAGCCGGCUCCUGAAGCAGACACAGAGAACGGUACGUACUCAAACACAACGACACACUCCUGUUUCCUGUCAAAGUCGACAUUUUUCUGUUCCACAGGACCCCCUGAGAAGCCCCCCCGGCAAAAGGUGCAGCCUGCUCCCACAGCAGAGCUGGACCGCUCUGAGGACAAGGUGUACCAGUCUGUCAUGGAUCUGGUCAAAGUUGUUGUCCAGCUGAAGAACGACAUUCCUGAUUUGCAGCCAGAACAUUACAUCACCAUCGUCAAGUCUGUCGGGAUGGUCCUAAGAGAUCUGCUUCAAAAUGUGGACGAGAUUCUGCCCACCUUACACGGGUCUGUCCGAACCGAGAUUGAAGGAACCCAGAAGCGACUGAACCACGACAUGGCCGAGCUGAUCAGUAAAAUGCGGCUGGCCCAGCAGAACGCCAUCACCAGUCUGAAGGAGGACUGCAAGAAGCAGAUGCUGGCGGCCGCGCACACGCUGGCGGUGGACAGCAAGAACAUGCUGGACGCCGUGGACCAGGCCAGGGUCAGGGCCAACCUGGCCAAACCCGCUACUGACGACUGAACCACGGACACUCUUCGUUCUCUCCUCUUGUUUUUGCACAAAGUGAAAGAUUUUAGUCUGAAAUGUGAGCGACUCUACGGAAAACCAGAACGCCCAAGUCUGCUUUUUGAAACAGUUUUCUCGAGAUUGCAGAAUAAAACGAUAGCUCGUUUUUCUGACAUACCUGUGUCUUCACUGAUUGAUUAACUUGUGAUUGAUUACUUUAGUUGUGGUGUAACUCAAGUGGUAAGUUUGUGGAUCAGGAACAACUUUCAAAUUGUUAUUUGAGACGACGAUUAGCAUCAUUCAGACAUCUCCAGUAAAAAUCUAUUUGUUCUGUUUUCUCGAGAAAACUGCUAUUUUCUUUUAUGACAUCAAGCCAACAGCUCCUAAAUUCUACACAUGGAGGAUCAGCAGACGCGGCGGUUGUCGUCUUCCGUUAGAGUCUCUGCUGGCUCUUAUUGUAUUGACAACAAAGCCUCACUUGUUAUAAACUUUACAACCUUCAUUUGCUUCAGAAACAACUGUAAAUAUGUAAUUUUUGAUCAUUAUAAUAGCUAAAAACGAUGCAAUUCAACAAAAGAUCAACCGCUUUGGUUCCAUGAAAGACUGAGUUGAUGUUUUGUUCAUUUUUACUGUUUUCUCUCAAACGUUUCAUUUAAUAUAAAAUGUGGAAAUAAAUGAUCCAGGUACUUUUCAGGAUUUAAAAGCUGUUUUUUUCUUGCAUUUUUUAAAGCUUUAAAUAAAACGACUUUUAAUAUUA